AUGCCUUACGAUCCCACUUCCCUCUCGAACCUCGACGAGGUCAAGACCAACCACAUCCACCUCGACCUCGCUGUCGACUUUACUGCAAAGACCCUGACUGGUACUGCUGAAUUAGAGGUUGAGGCCAUUGUCGACAAUAUCUCUAAGGUCAUCCUCGACACCAGCUACAUCGCCAUCCACUCUGUCUCUAUCGGAGACAAGUCCCUCAAGCACUCUCUCGAGAAGCGUCAUGAGAAGUAUGGCUCUGCCUUGACCAUUGAACUAGGCCAGACCCUCCGCAAGAGCGAAAAGGUCAAGAUUAUCAUUGGAUAUGCGACCACACAGGAGUGCACCGCUUGCCAAUGGCUCGAGCCCAGCCAGACUGUUGGCAAGAAGCACCCAUACCUCUUUACACAAUGCCAGGCCAUCCACGCUCGCUCUCUCGUCCCUUGCCAGGACAGUCCUUCCGUCAAGCUGACCUACAGCGCCAACAUUAACGCACCCCUUCGUGCCGUCAUGUCUGCUGUGUCCACUGGCGAGGAGAAGCAGAACAAUGGCACGACCACCUACAAGUUCCACCAAAAGACCCGCAUGCCAUCCUACUUGAUUGCCCUUGCUUCUGCUGCUUGGGAAUUUGUCGACACCGAGACCUUCAUCCGCACUGGCGAGGAGCUCCUCACCCCUUAUGACUGGGGUCGCUAUGACCUCUUAGUCCUCCCUGCUUCGUUCCCCUAUGGUGGUAUGGAGAACCCUUGCUUGACCUUUGUUACUCCUUCGCUGUUGGCCGGAGACCGCUCCUUGGUUGACGUUGUCGCUCACGAAAUUGCUCACAGCUGGAUGGGUAAUUUGGUCACAACCGAGAACUGGGAACACUUCUGGCUGAACGAAGGAUUUACAGUUUUCGUUGAGCGCAAGAUCUUGGGACGUAUGCAGGGCAAGGAGCACAGCGAGUUCAGUGCCAUCAUCGGUCGCAAGGCUUUGGUUGAGAGUGUCGAGCUUUAUGGCAAGGACCAUCCUUUUACUGCCCUCCGCCCCUGCCUCCGUGGAGAGGAUCCUGAUGAUGCGUUUUCCUCUGUUCCCUACGAGAAGGGAUUCAAUCUGCUCUACUAUCUCGAGAAGCAUCUGGGUGGUGCAGAGGUCUUUGAGCCCUAUCUGAGGGCGCAUGUUCAGGAAUUUGCUGGACGCUCUAUCAACACUGACGAUUGGAAGGCAUUCUUGUACUCUUUCAUGGAGAAGAAUUUUGGACAAGAGAAGGUCGAUCUCUUGAACAAGGUCGACUGGGAGGCAUGGCUUGCUGGCACUGGCAUGCCUCCUGUUGAGAACAAGUUUGACGAUACCCUUGCGAAGGCCUGCAACUGCCUCUGCAAGAAGUGGGAUGAAUCGCGCCAUGUGGCCAAGCCCACCGAGUUUUCGUCCGAGGACAUUAAGAGCUUUUCAUCGACACAAACGGUUGUGUUCUUGGAGCGUGUGUCUGAGAUUGAUGCUUUGCCUCAUUCACACUUGGAUCUCAUGGACGAGCUCUAUCAUCUGACUGAGGUCCGCAAUUGCGAGAUCAAGUUCCGCUGGCAGAUGAUUUGUCUCAAGGCCAAUUACGAGAAGAUCUAUCCACAAGUGGUCGACUUUGCGUCAACGAUGGGCAGAAUGAAAUACUGCCGCCCAUUGCUCAGGUCACUGUAUCAUGCCAAGAAUGGCGCUGAGCUUGCGAGAUCCACGUUCCUAAAGCACAAGUCCUUCUAUCACCCCAUUGCUGCGACCAUGAUCGCCAGGGACCUUGGCCUGUCCAAGUAA